GAAUGCAGGGUCCGGGGAGAGCGGAUAUAGUGAAUGCAGGGUCCGGGAGACCGGAUAUAGUGAAUGCAGGGUCCCGGGAGACCGGAUAUAGUGAAUGCAGGGUCCGGGAGACCGGAUAUAGUGAAUGCAGGGUCCGGGAGACCGGAUAUAGUGAAUGCAGGGUCCGGGAGACCGGAUAUAGUGAAUGCAGGGUCCUGGUAGAGCGGAUAUAGUGAAUGCAGGGUCCGGGAGACCGGAUAUAGUGAAUGCAGGGGUCCGUGGAGACCGGAUAUAGUGAAUGCGGGGUCCAGGUAGACCAGAUAUAGUGAAUGCAGGGUCCGUGGAGACCGGAUAUAGGGAAUGCAGGGUCCGUGGAGACCGGAUAUAGUGAAUGCAGGGUCCGUGGAGACCGGAUAUAGUGAAUGCAGGGUCCGGGGAGACCAGAUACAGUGAAUGCAGGGUCCGGGGAGACCGGAUAUAGUGAAUGCAGGGUCCGGGGAGACCGGAUAUAGUGAAUGCA